GCAUCUAUUUUACACUUUCAGAAAACACUGAACAAGGAUCAAUUAGGAGAUGAGAAAAUAAGAUAGACACCGUAGACAACAACAACAAACAUGGCAGCCCCCAUGUUGAAAAGUUUGGGGUCAAGAAGACUGCUACGUUUAUGUCGUUUUUCAGACAUUUACAGAACUUACUUGAAAGAAGGGUACAGUCAGGAUGAAAUUUGGAAGCAGCGACUACAAUCAAAAUAUCUUCAAAAGCUUGAUGCAAAGGCAUUUGGGAUAGAGUUGUUGGAGAAUUUUGAGAAAACAACAACAUUUCAUGUUGUGGACAUUGAUUUGUUUGUUAACAAGAUACAAGAUCUUCCUCCAUCAUUUGGAUAUCUUGCAAAUGAAGUUCUUUACAGAUUCCGACAUUGCCAAUCCAGUGUACCGGUCAAGGAAAAUAUAAUGCAUGCAAUAGUACGAGGUUUUUUAGAAAGUGGCGAUCUUGAUCGGCUAGUAGAGAUUAUCAAGGAUAAGUCAAAGUAUGGAGUGUUUCCAGAUGCACUCUCAAUGACAAUGUUGAUUGACCAUUUCUUAAAACAGAAAAAUUAUGAAGUGGCAGCUCAGCUGGCGUAUGAGGUAAUGCUUGGCGAGGAAUAUAAGAAUCAGACACGUAACUUUCUCAGUCUGUGUGCAGCUUUGAAAUAUUAUAUUCAUACAUUCAACCAUGAGAGGCCCGAACCUGUUCCGGUGGAUGAAGAAGAGGAAGUUGUAUAUAAACCAGUAAAAGUGAUAAGGAACCUUUACUACGAUGAUCACUUUGAUAUCAAAGAUGACAGGUUCCUUCUCGGAAAAACAUUUUAUUUAAUUAGUAAAAACACCCCUCGUCUAGAAGGCACGUUCUCCCGUUCUCUUCAGCUUCUUGGCCUUGGUUUGUACGAUAAAUUUGAAUUAGGCAAUAAGCUGCUAGAACAGUGGAUAAAAGAUGACAGCCUGGAGAAAGUUGUUUAUAAGAGUGCCAGAAGAAAUCAGGUAUAA